AUGUAUCUCAAGCUGGCACCGACGAUAUCGCGCAAGAGGCCCGUGUCCGGCUACCAGAAUCUGCGCUUUCUCAACAUCUCCGCAAGCGUAGCCCGCCCGACACCUGUGACGACGCCCAACACAAGUUUCGUGGAAGAGUUGAAGAAGGUCCGUGAGCUGCGACUGCUGGAGGGAGAUUCUAUCGGUGUCCGGGCGUACUCGACCUCCAUUGCGACGGCCUCUGAUACUGAGAAGGCAGCAGAAGUCUCGCGCUUGCCCGGCUGCGGCUUGAAGAUUGCCGAGUUAUACCAGCACUGGAGGGAGCAUGGUUCUCUGGCCGAGGCGGAAGAAGGAAGCAAGAACGAAAGGUUGUCUGUGUUGAAACUAUUCUACGACAUCUGGGGCGUCGGCGAUACUACAGCACGGGAAUUCUACAAUAAGGGAUGGCGUGACUUGGAUGAUAUUGUCGAAUUCAACUGGGGGCACCUCAGCCGCGUGCAACAGAUCGGCGUCAAAUUCUACGACGACUUCAAGCUCAAGAUCCCCCGGCCAGAAGUGGAGGAGAUUGGGAACAUCAUCCUCGGCCAUGCCCAGGCUAUAGAUGGUGGUUACCAGAUGGUCAUAGUCGGUGGCUACAGGCGCGGUAAAGCCCAGAGCGGCGACGUUGAUGUAGUCCUCAGCCAUCCGGACGAAACGAAGACGCUGCGAUUCGUUGAGAAGAUUGUGCGCGCACUUGAGAAAAGCGAGCACAUCACGCAUACGUUGACCCUCUCUGUACGGAACAGUGAACGGGGUCAGACAGCGCUGCCUUGGAAGGGCGAAGGCCGGCAUGGCUCGGGCUUCGACACGCUUGACAAGGCUCUGGUCGUAUGGAAGAACCCUCAGGACGCCAAAUCGCCUCAUCGACGAGUUGACAUAAUCAUUACGCCCUGGAAGACAGCCGGCUGCGCGGUACUGGGCUGGAGCGGAGGUACUACCUUUCAGCGUGACCUGCGACGAUACUGCAAGGUUGAGAAGGGCUUGAAAUUCGACAGCAGCGGCAUUCGCAGCCGAUCUGAUGGCAGCUGGGUGGGUGUCGAGAGGGACCCGGAGCUAGGGCCGGCACCAGACAUGGUCACCGCAGAGAAGCGUGUCUUUGAGGCAUUGGACCUGCCAUACAGGCCGCCUGAAGAGAGGUGCACAGGCUGA